AUGGCAGCCGCGGUAGUUCAACUCCGGUGUGGUGUCAAGAAUGACGAUUGGGGAAAGAAAGGAAAAGACUCGGUUGUCGCUCAACUAUGGUCUAAAACCCCAAAUAAUGCGCCGAUUGACGACUCCAAACAUUAUUCUGAAAUGUGGAUGGGUACAUACCCGUCGAACCCUUCAUAUCUGCUUUCCACUGGUGAACAUCUGGGGGAAUAUCUGAAAAAGAACCCCCAGCUAGUGGGCAAGUCCGUGCAUGAUCGUUGGGGUCCAGAGAUCCCAUUUCUGCCCAAGAUUCUCUCUUUUGAGAAAGCAUUACCACUACAAAUCCAUCCAGACCUCAAGCUUGCCGAGCAGCUGCACAAAGAAGACCCAAAGAAAUACGGCGACACAAUGCACAAGCCAGAGAUUGCAAUCGCGCUUUCGAAAUUCGAGCUCUUCGCAGGCUGGAAGCCCCUAAAAGACAUCCAGGCUCUAUUUGAGUUAAACCAUCUGUCAAAAUUCAGCCCUAAGCCAGGACAAUGGAAUGAUGAAACCCUACGCCAAGUAUGCAAGGCUUUGCUGAGCGCAUCACCAAAAGAAGUCGAACAGACAGUCAAGGAUCUACAGAGCAUCCCGGAGUCCCAAUUUGGUGCUCACUCCUACAUCCCCACCCUGCUCGGCCGUCUGGCAAAACAAUACGGCCAAGGCGACAAUGGAAACCUCGUCGCCGCACUGUUGAUGAACUUCAUGACGCUGGGGCCCGGUGACUCAGUCUUCGUGCCAGCAGAUAGCAUCCAUGCAUACCUGGAAGGCGAUAUUGUGGAGUGCAUGGCGCGGUCUGACAACGUCAUCAACACCGGGUUCUGUCCGGCCGCUGAUCGUGAUAGCGUGGAGUUGUUCGGAGAGGCUCUGAGCUUCGUGCCACAUAAUUCACAGGAUGCAUUGCUCCCGCGCAAAAAGAGCGACAAGGGCAUGCACGGUAAGACUGAUGUCUAUGCGCCCCCCAUCAGUGAAUUCUCGGUGUUAUGCACCACCCUUGGCGCCGGAGAGAAGGAGACGCAUAAGGCCAUUCUAGGACCGAGUUUGAUGAUUGUCACCAAGGGAUCUGGUCGUAUGAACAUUCCUGGUGACCAGGCCGUCGAGCUGAAGGAGGGAUAUGUAUUCUUUGUUGGCCAGGGGGUUGCGCUCGACUUGGCCACUGACAAGGGCCUGGCUGUUUAUCGGGCGUAUGCGGAGUAG